CUUUAUUUCUUUUUCUUUUCUUUUGUUGGGGCCCUCUGUCUGCAAGCCCAGCAAACUCAACUGGGUCAUUAUUAAAUCUUCUCCAAGCAGCAACAACCCCAUUCAUCAACACCGCCUUCCCCCCUUCUUCCCUCUUCACUCUCGCUAUCCCCCCAUCCCGUCUGGGGUUAUUGCUUCCCUCACUGAAGUCUUUUUCAUUUCUGGGCCUGCUCCACAUGGCUCUCUCUCCCAUAGGCCCCCGCUUUUGGCUGCCUUCUCACUUUCUCACUGACGAGGAUACUCUCAUGGACAAGGAGAACUUCAACGACAACGGCGCCAAUCCUGUUGGUGCUGAGAUUCAUGGUUUCCCUAGUGAGUUUCCUUACGAGUUUGACUCCUUUGGGUCUUCUUCUGCUCUCAACUCACCCGUUGAGUCUGUGAUGAGUUCCACCGAGACUGAGAGCGAUGAGGAGGAUCUCCUGACUCAGCUGAAGCGCCAGUUGGCCCACUCCACUCUUCAUGACACUCAGAAACUCGCUCCUUCCUUUUCUUCUGAAAAUCAAGAGAAAACGUGGGUUUUAUCUGGUUCGCCCCAAUCUACUCUGAGUGCUGUUGGAAACUGGUCUGGUCGUAGCACCGUGUCUAGCAAUGGAAGCCCGAAUGGUCGAUCUCGGGUGUCUUCGCCCCCUACGACGCCGUUAAGUGAAAAAACGGACGCCUGGGAUCUCAUAUAUGCAGCGGCGGGCCAAGUCGCAAGGUUGAAGAUGAGCGGCGACGGACCCAAGUACCAACAGGGAAGAGGACUUCUUGGCCCCCCUCGAAACCCCAUGCCGGUUCCGGCACAGCCGGCAAAGAACGCCAACACUGGCUUCUACUCUUACCAGAGUCUGUCUAAUAACAUUUCACAGACGAGUCAGUCUCAGCAUAUCAGACAGGAGCAAGUGCUGAAGCAACAGUGCUCUGUUUGGGGAAGAGAGGCCAAAGAGGCUUGGUUCUCUCAGCAGCAGCAGCAACUUCAGCAGCAGCAGCAGAUCCAUAGCCGAAGGAGUGUUGGACUUGAGAGUGGAAGGUGUGGGCGUCCUCUAGGGUUGCCUCCAUCUGCAUGGCCGCCUCUGCAACAUCAACAUCAGCAUCAGCAUCAGCAUCAGCAAAGCAGUUCGGGUAUGAGGGCUGUGUUCCUUGGUGGAUCUGGCCUAAAAAGGGAGUCAGCUGGAACCGGUGUCUUCUUACCCCGCAGAUUUGGAAAUACUUCCGAUUCUCGCAAGAAACCAGGCUGUUCUACUGUUCUUCUUCCGGCAAGGGUGGUUCAAGCCCUGAACCUCAACUUCGAAGACAUGGGUUCUCAUUCCCAGCCCCAUUUCAACGGAGGUGUUGCCCCAGACUAUGAAGCUUUAAUGGCAAGACGAAAUGCCCUCAUCUCACAACAAAAGCGAAAUCUACGGCCAGAAGGGACAAUGAAUCACGAAAUACGCCUACCUCAGGAGUGGACGUACUGAGAAGAGCUGGCCUCACUUGGUCACUGAUAGGGUUGUUUGUCGGAGAAAGGAAGUAAAAUAUAAAAGAAAAAGGUAGGAAAGUUGUAAUAGUGGUUUUAUAGGAAAAUUCCAUUUCAAGGAGAAGAAUGUGAGUGUAGGUAGAAGAAGAAGAAGUAAUAAGAAUCCAGUAUUUUUGUGGGGAUGAUUGCUGUUUUUGUGGCUUUACCUUAAGGAAGAAGAACAACAACAACAAAAGGGGAAAUAGAAGUAGGAAUUGAGGAGGGCCUUUUUUUUUUUGGUUUUCAUUUGGGGUUGUUGCAAUAAGUGGGUUAAUAUCUUUUGUUGUAUGUGGAUUUUGGGGGAUCCACUUAUGGCUUUUUGAUGUUCUUAGUCUUGGGCAGUGUUUUGACGGAUAUGUAUCCACAGCCCUCUGUAUCCUCUCUCCCUCCCUCUGAAAAAAUGUAAUAUCCUGUGGCCAAUACAAAUCUAAUAAAAAAGAUUUAGGUCCUGUGGGUAAAAUUGCCCCCCUUCCCUUCCA